UUGUCAUUCAGUCUGCCUGCCCACCUCUACGAAACCUUUGCAAACAUGAUCUAGCUACUCGACAGGCUGCUUCGAUGAGUAUAAUAGCUGCGGCUGUCUUGAGGAGCGGACGGAGAGACUGCCAGGUACGGUUUGAUUGCGUACUACUACGUCCAUCUUAAUCGAUCCCUACGAUGACGUUUGCUCGUCCCAGGCAUCUCAGGGCUCCAGGAGAAGAUGGCUAUCUCACUCCGACCAUCGAAGAUGCAGAACGUGCGGCUAGUCUGCAAAGGAGCCAUGGAACCUUGCUCUCUCGUUUUGACAGUGCCAGGGAAAUCCAUUCAUCCAACCUCCAGUCGCUAGAGAAUCCCGCAAUUAGGAUGAGUGGAGGAGCUGGGAAUAGCAAUGAGAAAGGACUGGACGGCCUGAACCAUUGUCAGGAAGAUUUCCACUACUUGUCAAAGAAGGAGCUAUCCCAUACGCAUUAUACCUGGAAAGAACGGAUCCGUCAUUUCACUUGGGCAUUUUUCACACUAACCAUGGCGACGGGUGGGAUCGCCAAUGUUUUAUAUACAUUUCCUUACAGGUUUCGCGGUCUCGAGAUUAUCGGCGAGGUUGUCUUCCUGUUCAACAUCGCCCUGUAUAUUAUUAUUUGGUCUUUGCUGUUGACGCGAUUCUAUUGCUACCCUUAUACAUUCAAGGCAUCAUUCCUACAUCCGACAGAGUCUCUCUUUGUGCCUGCUUCGAUCGUGUCGUUUGGCACGAUCUUGAUCAAUAUUUCCCAAUAUGGUCCUGAAAAGACUGGGCCUUGGCUGGAACGUGUAAUAAUAGUUUUGUUCUGGAUCGACGCUGCUCUUGCUGUGGUUUUGUCUGCUGCAAUAUACCUUUUGCUGUGGUCGACGCAAACUUUCACCAUCGCCCAGAUGACGCCUAUUUGGAUCUUCCCGGCUUAUCCUAUGCUGAUCAUCGGGCCUCAUGCGGGGGUCCUGAGUUCCAAGCUGUCACAACCCCAUGCUCUGCGAAUCAUUAUAGGAGGAACAACAAUCCAGGGUGUUGGCUUUUUGGUUUCCCUCAUGGUAUACUCGGCUUUUAUCUAUCGCCUGAUGACCCAGAAGCUGCCCAAGGAGAAUGUCCGGCCCGGUAUGUUCGUCUCUGUUGGCCCCAGUGCGUUUACCACCACUGGGAUAGUCAACAUGGCUGCCAACGCGCACCGUGCCUUUCCAUCUGAUUUCAUGGGGGAUGGGCCCCUAGCCGCCAAAGUUUUGAGGGUUGUAGUGGAUUUUGGUGCUUUGUGGCUGUGGGGGCUCGCGAUCUUCUUCUUUUUCAUCGCCAGUUUUGCCCAUUGGUCUGCUAUCGGGCAUGGCCGCAUGGUAUUCUCCAUGGGCUGGUAUUCGUUCGUGUUCCCGAAUACUGCACUGAUUACAUCGACCUUUGCCAUUGGAAAUGCCUUCUCCUGCAAGCCGAUUUUGAUUGUCGGCUGCGCAAUGGUAAUCCCCCUCAUACUGAUGUACUUCUUUGUGUUCUAUAUGAUGAUUCGAGCGAUCGUCUUGCACCAUAUACUGUGGCCCCAGAAAGGAGAAGAUAAGGAUGAAGGUGGAUUCGAGAUCAAUAUGAUCAAGCCGGACUCGUCGGGCGAGGAGAGUGAGGUCUGAAGCAGAUGUUUACUUACUAAGAUGAUGACUGACAUGAUUAUAAUGAUACCUUUUCGGUAGUAUUCUCGUCUAGUGAAUCAACUUUGGUACUUAUUUCCCUCAAAGUUUACAUCUAUUCUGCAUCUAUUCUGCAUCAACAGGGAUCUAUGGUGUAGGUUCAUAAAUAACUAUAAGG